UCUCUUUAAACGUUUGCAAUGAGUGAAACUAACUCCUUAGUGUUAUUACAUGCGAUAUUUCGACAUGGCCAUAGAACACCGAUUAAAGAUCACAUGUAUCCUAAGGACGAACACUUAAAUAAAGACUUUUAUCCUUACGGUUUUGGCCAGUUGACUCAAAACGGUAAGAAAGCGAUGUAUAACUUAGGAGAAGUAUUACGUCAAAGAUAUCAAGACUAUUUAGGAAACGUUUACGUGCCUUGUGAAGUUGAUUGUCAAACUUCUGAUACGGAUAGAUCGCAAAUGUCUUUGCUGCUUGUUCUCGCUGGAUUAUUUCCUCCGAAUGUCGAUCAAACAAUUAAAAAUGAUUUAAAUUGGCAGCCGAUACCGUAUAAAUGUUUAUCGUUCAAGGACGAUUUUAUGUUUUCUUCUGUGUUACAACAGCAGUUUCUUGAUAUUUACAAGGAAAAUUAUAAAAAAAUGCCUAUGGAUGAGUAUAAAGAAUUUUUUGAUUAUUUUGAAAAACAUACAGGACUCAAAAAUGUUACUCCAAGAGAAGUUUGGCUUUUUUUAGGUACCAUAUCAGCUGAGUUAGAUUGGGGUUUUAAACUUCCACAUUGGAUUCCACCCGUUUACGAGCAAAUAAAAAAGGUCGCAAUGUUGGAGUAUACGUUACAGACUAAAACUGACGAGUUAAAACGGUUAGUAGUUGGAGAGAUGUUCUCUAAAAUACUAAAAGACUCUCAGUCGAAGAUCAAUGGGGAAUCAACGUACAAAAUUCAUUUGUACUCAGGUCAUGACUGCAAUGUCGCACAUGUCUUGACUGUAUUAGGACUAAUGUACCCGCAUUUUCCUCGCUACGCCGCGUGCGUCCUUUUGGAGGUGCACAAAAUUCACAACACUUAUCACUUAAAGGUGAUUUAUAAAAAUGAUAUGCAAUCAGAAUUCAAAUUAAUGACAUUUCCUAAUGGAGAGGAGAGUUUAUCUUUCGAAGAAUUUGAAAAGAUUAUUUCGGACAUAAUGCAAUAAUAAUAAUUUAUAACUUCACAAGGUUAAUUUUUUAAGUAAUAUUUUCGGCUUUAUGAUGCCAUAUAAUUAUGCCAUUAUUUUUCACUUUUUAUUUCUUGGAACGUUUGUGAGUUCCUCACAAUUAACGUCACGAUAUGUCAGAAUCGGCAAGAAGAAAAACCCGUCUAUUAAUUGGGCAAUAAUAAAUUUUAACCGACAACCUGACAAUAAAUAAUUCAAGUACGUUUCAAAUUUACGGACGGAAAGGAAGUGGGGAGGAAGCAAAGUGACGUCCGAUCCGCACCCCACCUUUUUGGAUCUCUCAACGGGAGCCGUGUUUAAAAUCGGUGAUCGCUUUUGCAUUUAAUCAAUACAAAUCAGAUAAAGGAGACUUCAAAUAUCUCUCUCAAG